AUGACGACCUGUCCGCACGUCGCCGCUGCGAACCUCCGCCCGCCAGCGCCGACUCAGUCCGUUUACCGCGAGGACUGCACCCUUUGCUUCGACGGCAUCGACGACCCAGCUGGGAUCGAUGUCUGCUUGCACUGCUUCAAUGGUGGAUGUGCGGGCGAGCGAGCUCACUCUCGUCAACAUGCCACCCAUCAUCAACAUCCCCUUGCCGUCAACAUAUCCCGGACCCGGAAAAGGAAGCCACAGCGUGACGACAACGAGCCCGCAGCCAAGAUCAGCAAACUGGAGAUUGUCGCCGAAACUGACGCGGAUCGAUGGGAUACAAAGACAGAUGUCAAGUGUCUUGAGUGUGGUGUGGAUGGGAUCCAAGGGGAGAAAGUGGACGAGGUGGUGAAGAAUGUGCUGAAAGCCAACACCUUUGCGCAGGCGGAGGAAGUAAAGGCAUGGGAGUUGGAGUUGUCGGCAUGUGACCAUGUCCUCUUCCUUCCGCAGGAAACAGGGAGGACAAUCGCCAGUGGGGAGCUCGGACAGUGCAGUGGUUGUGAUUUGAAGGAGAACUUGUGGCUGUGUCUGACGUGCGGCGCCUUGGGCUGUGGACGACAACAGAUGGGCGGCGCUCCUGGAAACUCCCACGCAAGACAACACGGCGAGGCUUCGCAGCAUCACAUUGCCGUUAAAUUGGGCAGCAUCACGGCUGAAGGGAAUGCAGACAUAUACUGCUACAAGUGCGAUAACGAGCAACUCGAUCCUGAAUUGGUCUCUCAUCUGGCCAACUGGGGAAUCGAUCUCGCCGGGAGAGUCAAGACGGAAAAGUCAUUGGGCGAGAUGCAGCUGGAGCACAAUCUCAACUACGAUUUCAGCAUGAUGGGUGACGACGGCAAGCAGAUGACGCCGCUGUUUGGUCCAGGAUUGACAGGCUUGAUGAACCUGGGCAACUCCUGCUAUCUGGCGUCUAUCCUGCAGUCCCUCUUCGCCAUGCCCGAGUUCAAAUCUCGCUACUACCGUCCGGAUGAGCCUCUUCCCCCUCUCGCAGAACCCGCAGCGGAUAUCGAAGUGCAAAUGAGGAAACUUGCAGAUGGACUCCUUUCUGAUCGCUACAGCAAGCCCGAUACCAACAUCGCACCAUCCGACAAUCCCGACGAGAAGUCUCAUCAAAAAGGCUUGGCGCCGGCCAUGCUCAAGCACCUCAUCGGACGCGGCCACGCAGAAUUCGGCACUAUGCGGCAGCAGGACGCAUUUGAGCUACUCCUACAUCUUCUGAAACUCAUCUCCCGCUCCCAAACAGCCGCUCGCACGCAAUACAAAGAUGUCACCGAUCCUGUGGACUCUUUCCGCUUCUACAUGGAGCAAAAAUUGCAGUGUACGCAGUGCAAAAAGGUGCGAUAUCGCCAGGACGAGAUGGAGAAUAUUUCCGUGGCGGUCCCCAUCAAGCGUCUCCCACAACAGGACGUGUCCAUGGUAGAAGGUGAGGAGAAGAAAGGCGCAGAGUUUGAGCCUGUCACGUUGAAGCAAUGUCUUGACGACUUUACGGCUCCAGAAGUGGUUGAGUUGACCUGCUCCGGUUGUGGGAACAAAGGCUUCACCAAGCAAUCUCUAUUCAAGACUUUCCCCACCAUUCUUGCCAUUAACGCUCGUCGCUUUGAGAUCGUCAACUGGGUUCCUACCAAGCAGGACGUUCCUGUAAUCGUCGGAGAUGAUAUCUUUGACAUGGAAAUCUAUCGCAGCCGCGGCAAACAGGUUGACGAGGAAGAACUUCCCGAGGACGAGAAUGCUCCCGCCGCAGGUGCUUUCGUACCGAAUGAGUCGGCGUUGGAGGCCUUGAUGAGCAUGGGCUUCCCGCGAGUGCGGUGUGAAAAGGCACUGCACGCAACAGGCAAUACUGCCGACGCCGAAGUCGCCAUGGGAUGGUUGUUUGAGCAUAUGGAGGACGCCGACAUCGAUGAGCCGCUCGUCAUACCAGGCGCAGGCAACGCCGCUGGAGCCGGAGCUGUAGACCCAGAGAAGAUUGAGAAUCUUGGCAACAUGGGCUUUUCUGCUCCUCAAGCUCGUCAAGCAUUGAAAGAAACGGGAGGUGACAUGGAACGCGCCGUGGACUGGUUAUUCUCACACCCAGACGCCGUGGGAGACUUUGGAGAAGACGAAGCUUCCGGCGCUGCUACCGACACUACCACUGCGCCUCCUGUCGAAGUCGAGGACACAAAGCCCGCGCACUUCACCCUCAAGAGCAUCGUUUGCCACAAGGGAUCUUCUAUCCACGCGGGCCACUAUGUCGCUUUCGUCAAGAAAGAGGAAGAAGGGUUGGGAUGGGUGCUGUUUAAUGACGAGAAGGUUGCGCAGGCAGGAGGCGACGUGGAAGCUAUGAAGAGUUUUGCAUAUGUGUACUUCCUGCGGAGAGUGGAAGCAUGA